GACGGACCUGUUUAUUUGUAACACCCAUGUAACAGUUGUUUUUCAUUCAUGGGCUAAUAGCUAGCGUCACUCUUUAUUGUCGUUUCAGCAACUGUCUGUAUACUUUUACGUUAUUCUCGCCAUUAAGUAUAUACGCGUUAAUAUAUAUGUUUCUCAGUAAGCCGUGUCCUGUCAUAAUCAUAGCCUUGUCCUCCAUUAGGGUCAGCAAUUGAAUGGUAGCUGGCUAAGAUUCGCGUUCGCUUACCUGACAAAUAAGAACAAUCACAAUGGAACCCGCCUGCCGUAAGGACAAGCCAAAGCUGAACUCUACUCCAACCAGAGGAGACAGAUCAAAACAGAAGUCUGCACAGCAGGAACUCAAACAGCGGCAGAGAGCAGAGAUAUAUGCUUUGAACAAGGUGAUGACGGAACUGGAACAUCAGCAGUUUGAGGCCUUUUGUAAACAGAUGCAGCCACAAGGAGAAUGAAUAUGCUGUCGUUGCUGCCUUCAUCAGGGUUUUUCAUGGCUCAAACUGAGGCAGAGGUUGUAGCAUUCUUAUCACUUGCACAUAUGCGUAUGCCGCGCCCCCCACUGGCUUGAACAAAUACAUUUUUCUGUUAAGUAUUUGCAUGUAUUGUUUGACUUUUCUUAAAUCAUAUAUUAUACAGUACUACACCUCUUCAAUGGUUUUAGGACCGACUUCCAACUGUUUCUGGGACAGUGCCCUAUAAUACUACAGUAGCUAUCAGUAUUUGUUUGUCCGCCAUGUUGGUGUUUGAGAUCAGGAGGAUUCUCUUUUCAAACAUUUAAUAAGCAUCAGAAUAAGACAGUGUGUUGACCUCCAACAUGGUGGUGUGUGACGGCACGGGAAACCUGUCUAUUGCAGUUUAAAAUGACACCCAACGAGUACAGGGCUGGUCAGAUAGCAGUUUUUAUGAUAGCAUGUGCUUUAUAGACUUCCCCACUUCUAACACACAUGGUGAAAGACAAACUUAUACAGGUUGAGGUUGUCUAUAUUGAAUCAUGUUAUCAUGCUAUUAAAUUUGUAGUCUUGAAUAUGCCAUAGAGUAUUACUAGUCUAAGUGUUAUCAAUGCACUGUUAGCAUGGUGCGGAACAUAUUUGAGGAAGCAGAAUAGAUUAGCAGAAUAGAAUAUUUGGUACACAACCAUCAAAUAUGUGUUCAUGUGUCCUUUAUUAAUGUCAUGAAUUGGUUACAUUGAGCCUGAAUGCUCAUUUCAGUCACGUCAUAAAUCAUUUGUGUUUAGUAUGUAAAGUAUGUCUACUCUGAGCAGGAGACUUUGUGACAGUUCCCAUUGUAGUGUAAACUGUAUUGUGUAUUAUUUGACCACUUGAACUACCGAGUAAACCUUUGCCAAGAGAAAAGACAUCUUAUUGAAUCCCUCCUCUGCAUUUGAAAGUGUCCAGUAUUGUUUCAGACUCUUCUAAUACAGUAUAUCUAGUUUUGUUUCUUCUCAUGAACACACUAUGUGCACCAGAUAUGUUGCGUGUUCAUGUAAAACUUUGCAAUCAAAUGUUUUUUUCCUGUUGGAUUAAUUGAUUUAACACAUUCACUGCCAUUGACGGCUUUAGAAGUCAAAUGUCCAUGUUAACUGGGAAGGCUGGCAGUGAUUGAGUUAAUGUGUGUGUAUCCACACGCACGGGCCUCAGC